AUGUACGCCGCGCUGGCUGUCGCCAAUCUCUCGACAUCCUCUGCCACGCACCCGCAGCUUGUAGAGGAGGAAGUGCUCAGGCAUCUUGUGCCCAUUCUCCAGAGCGAGGAGGUCCAGGAGGUGAUAGCUUAUGUCCUCAAUGCGCUGGGGAACUUCGCAUGCAGCAACAUCAUGUGGCACGAGCUCCAGCAGAUGAAUGCUGCGGACGGUAUCCUCACAAUCCUAAAGCAGACCCAGCGUGAGGAGAUCAGGAUCAACUGCCUCUUUUGCUUGGCCAAUCUGACUGCCGACCCCUGGCACCGGAAGUGGAUGAUGGGAAAGGAGGUUUACGAGAUCAUCUGGGGCUACAUGCAGGACCCCAACUACAACAUCAUGUGGUACUCCCUUGCCAUUCUCCGUGGCCUCGCCGUUGAGAGCGAAGCGCAGGAGCUGUUUCCAUCAAUGGGUCUGGUGCCUCUGCUAACCGGUAUGUGCAACAGCCAGUGUCCGCAGACGCUGAAAACUCUCUCCAUGGAUUUAUUGCUGCACUUCUCCAUGUACAAGGGGAACGCAGGCAUGAUGAUGGAGAAGGAGGUGUCGCAGGUCAUUGAGCUCGCUGGGCGAGGCACUGGGCACGUGGAGUAUGUUCCCAUCGGCGUAGCGAUUAUCGCCAACAUUUGCGAAAGUGUAGAUCUUCAUGACCGCAUAGUUCGGACAGUCCAAGACCUGAGAUAUUUGGCUAGGUACAAACGCAGCUUGGCGAGCACAGCCUCCGACAAUAGGCACGUGAUCCGGGCAUUGAUGCUGCUGAGCCUGUCGCCGAAGUACCACCAUGUGAUCCUGACUACCGGAGCGAUGGCCAACGUUUGCCCGAUAGCGAUGACAGAACGGCUGAGCAUCGCCAUGCGUGCCAAUGCUCUCCAGAUGAUGGCUGCGGUCUGCGCGACACACCCUACCACUCCAACGGCCACUGACGUCAUCGACCUCAUGUUUCUGAUAUGCAACUCCAUGGAGAAUGUUGACAUCCGCCGGGCGGCGGCCCUUGUCAUCGCCAAUGCCUCCUCGGAUGCCAGCAACCUCGCAAACCUGGCCCACAAGCCGUACCUCGAAGCCCUGAGCAUCGCCAUUUCCAAGUCUCAAGACUCUGUUCUGGUCGACUACCUGAUGCAGUUUUUUCACAACAUCGUGAAGCUCGAUGGCAAGUGUGGUAGUGCCUUGGCUGUAUCUUCUUGCUUCGGGCUUUUCUCUCUAAUGUUCCGAGUUUCCAAUCACGGUCUCUUCCCGUCGUCUGUUUGUUGUUGUAGUUACAACCAGGCAUGCUCACAGCCUGUGGCUUCCACCGUCACAUCUUCAACUAUGCAGGGGCCCCAGUGCAUGUUGCAGAAGACUGUCGCAGAGUUGUUUUCUUGGAGGAGCUGCAGGAACACGGGUACUUCACAAGUUACAAGGUAG